AUGACCACUAUUAUAUCCUAUCCGGGCGUAAAUCCACUAGUGAAGCGUCUUCUCGGUUGGAAGAAAGGGGAAUCCGAAGAUAGAUGGAGUGAAAAGGCUGUAAAAAGCCUGGUGAAGAAACUCAGGAAAAGUGGUGGGCUUGAGGAACUAGAGAAAGCGACCUUCAGUUUUAACACAUUGGUGAUGGGCCCCGAGAAAUCUCGUAGUACGCUUGCAAGCGUGCUUCCACCCAUUAUGGUGCCAUGUUCUUCAUCUCCUGCAAACAUCAAGUCAGAGUUGCCACAUUCAGAAGAGUUGAAUACUGCAAUCCCUGAGAGCAUGUCCAUGGACUCACCUUCUCCUCCUUCCUUCCCACUGACAGAGAGCCCUCCUCCUGGCUACAUGUCAGAGGAUGGUGACAAUCCUGAAAGCACCCACAGUGAUUCCAACAUGAGCAUGGUGACGACACCAAGUCCCCCUAUUGUGGACCUCCAGCCAGUGACUUAUACAGAGCCUGCAUUCUGGUGUUCCAUUAGCUACUAUGAACUGAAGACACGAGUAGGAGAGACUUUCCAUGCCUCUCAGCCAUCUCUCACUGUUGACGGGUUCACUGAUCCAAGCAAUUCAGAGCGAUUCUGCCUGGGUCUCUUGUCCAAUGUGAAUCGAAGUCCAGUGGUCGAACAGACAAGAAGGCACAUUGGCAAGGGAGUUCGCCUCUAUUACAUUGGGGGAGAAGUUUUUGCAGAAUGUCUUUCUGACUCAGCGAUCUUUGUUCAGUCCCCAAAUUGCAACCAGAGAUAUGGUUGGCAUCCGGCAACUGUCUGCAAAAUACCUCCAGGCUGCAACUUGAAGAUAUUUAACAAUCAGGAGUUUGCAGCUCACCUCUCACAGUCAGUGAGUCAGGGUUUUGAAGCUGUUUAUCAGCUGACACGCAUGUGCACCAUUCGCAUGAGCUUUGUCAAAGGCUGGGGAGCUGAGUAUAGACGUCAAACGAUCACAUCCACCCCAUGCUGGAUUGAACUACAUCUGAAUGGACCUCUUCAGUGGCUGGAUCGGGUCCUCACCCAAAUGGGUUCACCUCGAGUCCCUUGCUCCUCCAUUUCAUGAAACUCCUCCAUUGUGCAUCAUCUCAUUUUCCUCAUCAUUUGUUUUGGUCCAGAUGCAUUAUUGGUGCCCCCUGAAACAAAUCCCAGUGAAGGAGACAAUUUAGUCAGUAUCUCA